GUGCUGAACAAGUGAAUUUUUUCUUUUUUUCAGCAGCGUAAGCAGGUGUGUGUGUGUGUGUGUGUGUACAGUAGCAGGCACCAGACAUCUCUCUCUUCUCCUGCGUGCUCAUUUUUUUCUUUAUCUAGUCACCUUUUUUUUUUUAGUUUCUGGGACGUGGAUCUUUUUUUGUAUACACUGGAUUUCAUUCGGGACGAUUUUCACCAGGGUUUGUUUUCUGUCUGCGGCCGAUGUGAAGGAUUUCUGGUGCGUCUGUGCGACCGUGUGUGAACCAUGCCUCGCUCAUUCCUGGUGAAGAAAAUCAAACUGGAUGAUUUCUCCUCAUCUCCCGUGUCAGCGUCUAACCAUCAUCAUCAUCAUCAUCUCGAUGACUCCUUCACACGCUCUCGCUCCAGCCUGGGCGUCCGGCUUUGCGAAAACGGCUACAUCCAGGAUUGCAUCAGCCCUUCUGAAUACACAGAGGAGAAGCAGGCCGACAUGAAGCUGAGCUCGGAUCCACUGUACUCCCCAGUCAGCAGCGGAGGAGGGGAGUACUGCCAACCGGACCUGGAGCACCCGGACAGCCCCCAGUCCGGCCUCACGGCCCGCGGAUACUUCAACAGCGAGAGCGAAUCUCUCAGCGAGGGUUACACCAUGGACGCGUUCUUCAUAUCUGACGGCCGUUCAAGGAGGAAGGGAGAGGUCGCAGAAGCAAGGAAAGCUGCCGAUGAUGAGAAAGAAGUGGCGGCGGUGAACAACGGAGGUUCCCGACACACCUGCAACGAGUGUGGAAAGACCUACGCCACUUCAUCCAACCUGAGCCGACACAAGCAGACCCACCGCAGCCUUGACAGCAAGAUGGCACGCAAGUGUCCCACCUGCGACAAGGUUUACGUGUCCAUGCCGGCGCUGGCCAUGCACAUCCUCACUCAUAACCUCAAGCACAAAUGUCACGUGUGCAGCAAAGCCUUCAGCCGGCCCUGGCUGCUUCAGGGGCACAUGCGAUCGCAUACGGGAGAAAAACCCUUCGCCUGCGCCCACUGCGGGAAAGCCUUCGCCGACCGGUCCAACCUACGAGCGCACAUGCAGACGCAUUCGGCCUUCAAACACUACCGCUGCAAGCGCUGCAAUAAGACCUUCGCGCUGAAGUCCUACCUGAACAAGCACUAUGAGUCCGCCUGCUUCAGAGGCUCCGGAGACGAGGACGAGUCUGGCUCCGAGAAUUAACAAAAGAGAAAAGAUGAAGAUGAGUUAACGCUCUCAAAAAUCCCCCCAGAGACUCCCUUCACAGACCCCACUUUCCCUUUUUUAGAAAGCAAUAUUUUCACCAAGAAAAAAACCAAACCAACCCAAUAAUAAGAAGACAAUAAUGAAUAGAUGCUGGAUUUUUUUCUUUGGUAAAAAAAGACCCUCUCAUAUAGACACGUACAAUUAUGAGGCUUGGCAUGCAAAUUUUUAUGAACAUAAUACUAUUAAUAACGAUAGUAAUAAUAUUUAGAUUCCUGAUGUUUUAUAGUAAAUCAUAAAAAGACAAAGACAGCAACAGGUUUGUGCUUUUUGAGAAAUGAAAUCAAUUUGUAUUUUUAUGCUGCUCUUUUAUUUUGAAUUCUUUUGCAACUGCCAACAUGAACUUUUUAUGAAAAUAUGAAUAAUGACAGUAUUUGCAAAAAAGAAAAAAAAAAAAGAUUGUAGACCUCUGAAAAGGUACAAACUUUUGUUACACUUUUGGUAUUUUAUUUAUAAUUGUUAUUUUUAUAUUCAAAGUUUCCUGCUAUUUCUUGGUUCCAUUAUUUAUUUGUUUAUUUAUUUAUUGUGCCAAUCAUGUCCAGUAACUAUUCGACCAGAGCGACCAUCACUCUGUGUUUACCAUACGGAGGAAACAGCACUCAAGACUAAAUAUUUCAAUGAUCUCCAAACAUUCGAAACAUUCAAAAUACGGACGACAGGGACUUUCAACAACAUCUCUGCUCGCUCUGCUGGGCUUCCUCACACUAAAACAGACUGCAUGUGCUCCAGAUGCCUGGAGCUCCGCCCCUUGUCUUCCUGCUCCAUGAUUACCUCACCCAGAGGCAGGUAUGACCUCUAACCUCUGCUCUGUCCACGCUCUCAAAGCGCCCAUCACACAAACCUCAUUUCUACCAUUCCAGUAUUUAUGUAUUUAUUUAUGCACUAUUUUCAUUUUCUUAUUUAUUUAAUGUGUAUUUAUUUAUGUACCUAUCUAUCUACUUAUUUAUUUAUUUAUUUAUUUGGUCGAUAACUCUCUGUGUUAUUGGAUACUGAACUGCCGUUGAACUUUUAAGAUGCUGCUCUUUAAUGAAAAUCUUUAUAUGCAUGAUUCAGCUGUAGAGGGAUUUUAUUCUUUUUUUUGAAAGGGACGGUAUGCAGUGUUUGAAAGCAGAUGAAUUCAGGUGUGAUGCUUUGUUUAAUGGGCAAUAAUUCUUCUUAGGAACAGCAACUUGUAUAAUCACAGCUGUCCUGUUAGCAGUCAAUGUAGGGCAAUAAACAAAAACCUCCUUAAUAUCUCGAA